GUCAGCGUCUAUGUGGUGAGGUUUGGAACCACUAACCCGGUUGUACACUUAUCACCAUGGUUGAGACCCGUACUGGGAAGGAGACUAGCCCCUACACCCCUGAGCAACAAGCAAAGAUGGCCGCCUUAGUGAAAGAGAAUCGAGAGAGGAAAGAGCGCGAGAAGCAAGCUAAGCUGAAGGCUAUCGCAGAGGAACAGGCGGCGAAAAUGAAAGAGAUAGAGGAGGAGAUGGAGAAAAAGAAGAAAGUUGUCGAAGAAGUGGCAACAGAAGAAGAGAAAGAGAGGAUGAGGAUUGAGAGUAGAGAAGAGAGUAGUGGCACGCAGAAGGAGGAAGAUGCAGAGAUGGAGAGGAAAAUAAGUGAGUGGGUUGAUAAUUUAUCGUUGGGUGAAGAUGAGGAAGCACAAAUGUACGUGACGCAGGAGGAGAAGGAGGCGUUUGCCAGGGCCCUCGAGGUAAUCAAGGACCCCCUUGAACGGCAAGAGGCCGAGGAGGAGAAGAAACUAGAGUGAAAACUGAAAAUGAAGAGGGAGCAGAAGA